AUGUCAGCUGUCAACCAACAAUCUCAACGCGAUACGAGACGAUUUUGUUUUUAUUCCAUAUUAAAAUUAAUCGUUAACGCCCAUAAUGGUUGAUGAUUUGCGUAAAUAUUUGAACCAUCUAUUAGAAAAAGUAAAUGGCUUACACAGCAUAAUAAUAACGGACAGAGAUGGAGUACCUUUGGUGCGAGCGGUGACUGAAAGGGCGCCGCAGCUUGCUCUAAGGCCUAAUUUCAUAUCAACGUUCGGUAUGGCAACUGAUCAGGCCAGCAAACUUGGCUUAGGCAGGAACAAGACUAUCAUAUCAAUGUAUUCCAGUUAUCAGGUGAUACAAAUGAACAAGCUGCCUCUAGUGAUAACUUUCAUCGGCAGCGACAACUGCAACACCGGCCACAUUCUAUCUUUAGAGAGUCAGAUAGAACCAUUCCUAAAAGACCUGGCUGCUGUCGUCCAGGAUGCACCUUGAGAAUAACUAAACGAGUAAACACCUAAACCA